AUGAGCAACAUCAUAGAAGCACUCUAUAUUUAUGAUGAUUCAAGCGUUCCUAUCCUUGAGCAUGUCUACAGCUCCCGCCCACCUUCAGCUACCGCUCUCCUCCCACUCUUCCUUCAGCAUCCUGCCCCACGUCCUUCGGUGCUAUACCUCCCCGAUGCGAUUCCUCCCGUUUCAGUAUUCUCAACACUUCACGCAAACCUCUUAUUUUUAGUACCCGGAAGUUGUGAAACAGAACCGCUUCAUGUUCUCGAAUUUCUCCACCGUGUCAUUGACGUGUUGGAGGAUUUCAUAGGCUCGCCAUUAUUGGCGAGCAAAAUCCAAAAUAAUUAUGAUGUCGUGGCACAGAUAUUGAACGAAAUGUGCGAUGCAGGGGUGGUGUGCAAUACCGAGUCGAAUGCCCUACAGGAGGUUGUCGAGGUGCCUGGAUGGAUGAAUAAGUUUCUCAGUGGUGUAGGGCUACCAGGCUCCUCUCCCUCUCUGGGACCUUCGAACCCCCUGAAAACCUCAUUGACUACCAUGCCCGCCCCCAACAACCCUAUAUCCGCUGGCCCUGCUAUCCCGUGGCGCAGGCAGGGCGUUCGCCACACCUCUAAUGAGAUCUACGUUGAUAUAGUCGAGUCGCUUCAGGUCACUAUUGCGCCGUCCGGUCGUGCAUUGUCCGCCGUCGCCAAUGGAACUAUCGCCUUUAAUUCCAAAAUAUCAGGCGUCCCCAAUCUAUUACUUUCUUUGACCGCACCUGGUGGUCACAAGAGCCUGGAGCAUAAAAUUAGCCUUCCCGUUUUUCACCCAUGUGUAAGGCUUGCUAGAUGGCGCGAGAAACCUGGAGAAUUAAGUUUUGUGCCACCGGAUGGGCGAUUCAUACUUGCUGGCUACGAGGUUGACCUACUCCCUGUAGACCCUAGUAUCGACGAACCGCCCACCUUUAUGGAGAAGCUUUUUCUCCCGACAAAUAUUGAGCUACAAAAAUCAUUGGGUAAUAAUGGGUUGGAUUUUGAGGUCCGACUUACAUUAAAUACAAACUUCCCGGGCAUCAAUACGUCUCGUGGAAAUGGCCCACUGAAUUCUAGAUCUGGAAGCUCAGCACCGUCAUUCCUGGGGAAUAUAGGGGGCUCCGGUAGCUCCUCUCCAAGUUUAGAAGAUGUUGUGGUCUCCGUUCCCAUACCGCCAUCGGUUAGAUAUCUUACAGAUAUCAAAACCAGCCGUGGAGAAGCAACGUUUUUACCAGGAAACGAAUUCCUAGAGUGGCGUGUUCCUGUCACUCCAAAAGAUACAGGAAACGUCUCUGGAAGUGCCGUUUUACGAUGCACUGUAGUUGGAUUUAUCGACACAGUCACAAAGAAUGCGGCUGAAAAAGAAAAUGACGUCGAUGAAAACACCCGCAUUAACCCCUUACAUGGCUAUUAUGACGAUGGCACUCUCACCGACCAGCCCGAGGAACAGCAAUCUCGUUUAGCAUCUAACAAAUCUUCCCUUUCUACAGCCCGCAAGGCUCAGCUACGAUCCCUCCUCAUGCCGAACUCUGUUUCGGUCUCUUUCUCCAUUCGUGGAUGGAUUCCUAGUGGAAUUCGUGUGGAUGCGCUGGCGGUUGAUCCGCGACGAAGUCGGGGCCUAGGUGAAGGUGUGAAACCAUAUAAGGGCGUGAAGUAUGUUUGUGUGAGCCGAAGGGGUAUCGAAAGAAGAUGCUAA